AUGGUGGUAAAAUCAAAGUUAGCCGAUAUUCAAAUUCCUAACAAAACUUUUCAUGAUUUUUUAUUUGAUGAGUGGAAACAAUUUGAGAACGAUGUGGCAAUUGUGAGUUUGAAUUUGAAAACCAAGUUUUGAUCUUUUUCAUAAAGAGAACAACUACAGAUUGACAAUGAAACUAAAAUUCAAUACACAUAUCAAGAAAUAAUGGAUAAAGCAAAGUAUAUUGCAAAAGCUUUGAUAUUUUUGAAUGUGGAAAAAUCAGAGAUUGUUCUUCUUGCAAUGGAUUGGUCACCAGAAGCAGUUUAUAUUGCUCUUGGUGUAAGUAUGGCUGGUGCAGCAUUUCUUAUUGUUAGCCCAAAACUUCAAUCAUGGGAAAUGCAUUUCACUGUCGGAGAAAGUGAAAGUCGUUUUGUAUUUUCUGAUCCACUUGGAUUACGGGAAGUCGACAAAUUAAUGAAACAAUUACAAAGAGAAUAUCGAGUGAUUUGCACGGGAUCUCGAGAAUUUGCAUGUGGACAUCCAAUUAUUUCCGAUCUAUCAUUUGCAGCAUCUCAAAAUCUUCCAUUUCCAAAAAUUGAUCCUGAAUUGGAUAUUGUUUAUUUGCCAUAUUCAAGUGGUAUUCAUGGAAAAAGAAAAGGGAUUUUGACAACUCAUAAAAUUAUGGUGGCAAAAACAUUGGCAAUAUGGAAGUGAGUAAAGUAUUUUCAUGAUUUACCCAAAAUAAAGUUCAUUUUUUCAGUAAAGAAAAUCAUAAUGAGUUUCAAAAUCAAGGUAAAAUAACAAUGACAAUGAUACCAUUUCACAAACAACUGGGACUUGAUGCAGUUUUAUGUGCUCUACUCAAUGGUCUUACUGUAGUUGUUGAAAGAACAUUUUGUGUUCAUACAUUUUUAACUUGUAUUCAAAGAUAUCGUAUAAAAUCAAUUCAUUUGACACCGUAUAUGAUGAAUUUAAUGAUUUAUGAAACAGAAAAUCAUGAUUAUCAAAUUGAAGAUCUUGAAUGGAUUGUAACUGGAGCAGAUGCUGUUACUCAAAAUUUAUAUGAAGAGUUUAUCGAAACAUUUCCAUCUGUCAAAUACGUUACUCAAAGUGAGUUCUUGAAAUUUUAUUUAUCAAAAAAUAUUUUUCUAUUCCAGAAAAGAACAUUUUUGUGUUUUUAACUAAUUGUAAGUUCAAUACAUUUCCAAUUUUUUCCAGCAUAUGGUAUGACUGAAAUAGGCCUGAUUGCUCGAAACUAUGAAAACAAGUUUAAAAAUUCAUGUGGACAACUUGCUGCAAAUCUCGAACUUAAAAUUGUUGAUAUUUUAACUGGCGUUGAACUUGGACCUAAACAAAAAGGACAAAUUUGUAUCAAAGGAAUUGCUGCAAAUUCGCCAUAUUUGAAUAAUCCAGAAGCAACUUUUGAACAUUUUAUUGAAGGUUGGAGAAAAACUGGAGAUAUUGGUUAUGUUGAUGAAGAUGGUGAUAUUCAUAUUGUUGACAAAUUAAAAGAGAUGAUAAAAGUAUUUGGGUAUCAAGUAACACCAAAAGAAAUCGAGACAUUACUUCAAACUCAUUCAGCUGUUGAAGAAGCUGCUGUUGUUGCAAUUAAUAAUGAUGUAUCAGGUGAAAGGCCCGUUGCUUUUGUUGUUCUCAAAAAAGGGCGAAUUGCAACAGAGGAAGAUAUAUUAGAUUACGUCAAUCGUAAGCGUUUUUUCUUUAUAAUUUAAUUACUUUGGAAUCAUUAUAAAAUUUCGAAAUCCAUAACAAAUCAGAGAAAAAAGGCAUAUUUACAGAUCGCGUCAUCCGUUAUAAACAUCUAAUUGGUGUUAAUUUUGUCAAAUUUCUUCCGAGAUCACCUUGUGGAACUCUUCUUCGUCGACUUUUAGCAGAAGCUGCAGUUUUAUCAGUUGCCUCAAUUAGCGAAGUUGAAAAAGAACUUCUGAGCCCAACUACUAAAGUGUAA